AUGGAGCCUGCGAUUGAGGAGGCCGAUCUGGUACCUCGGCUGGACUCCGCAUUCACGAGCCCCGCACGUCCAACCGAUAACGACCAAGACAAAGACACAAAUGGCGAUCCCAAAGUCUUCCCUGAGCAGCCAGAGUCCGAGUCGCCUGCUCCAAGCCGUCCUCUAUCUGGUGUAGUAAUACCGCCAUACUGGCAACGCCAUGAGCGCAAUGCUUCGCGUGCGUCGCAGAGUUCUCUGGCGCAGGGUAUCACACUAGAAGAUCACACAGAGGAAGACUGCGAGACUGCGCGCGGUCUUUGGGCUCAGAGCGUUUCGAUAGAAGACUACGUAGUUGUGCGGGGUAAGAGCGGCGUGGGAUCGUACGUCGUCUGGAACUGCACAAUUCAGACUCUUGAUGGUGGUCCAAUGGUCGUUCGUAUGAGAUACUCUGAAUUUGACGAGCUUCGACGGAGCCUUGUUACUGCUUUCCCGCAUGCAAAGAGUGCUCUUCCAGCCUUGCCACCAAAGAGUGUAUUCUAUAAAUUCAGAGCGAGUUUUUUAGAAUCUCGCCGCGUAGGCUUGGAAUAUUUCCUCAAUUGUGUUCUUUUGAACCCUGAGUUCUCAAGCUCACUUAUCGUCAAAGAUUUCCUCUUUGGACGUCUUUCUUAA